AUGCUCCUCCGCAGACGCCAGCGCGCAGCUAUCCUCGCGGCUAUCGCCAAUGGCACCUACGUCCCGCCUUCCCCGCCUUCACGCGCCAAUCAGUCAGUCUUUGGCGAGAAACCCAGGAUGUACGAGGUCUUUCUGGACGAGGAGAAGGCUUGCUCGCAGAAGUGGGCGUCCCUGGCAAUUCAUCAUAGCCGAUCUCUGCGACCUUGGUAG